AUGUUUAAGAUGAGAUCUCAGAAGUACGUUUCCAUAUCUGUGGCAGCUUUUUUCUGUUAUUGCAAUACUUUGUGGGGUAGUUUUGUGUUUGAUGACAGCGAAGCAAUAUUAAAAAAUAAAGACGUGCUACCCAGCACUCCUGUAGCUACAAUAUUUCAAAAUGAUUUCUGGGGAGGCGAUAUUGCUUUAAACAGCAGUCACAAAUCAUUCAGGCCGCUGACUAUACUGUCUUAUAGAUUAAACGUGUUAUAUUCGAAUAAUAAGCUUGAUGCAUUCCAAUUUCACGCAACAAACGUAAUUUUAUACGGGUUAUUAUGCUUGCUUAGCAUUCCAGUUUUUGAAUUAUUCUUCAAAAAACGCAAAACUGAUAAGGAUGAUAUCAGGAAUGAAGCUUAUUGGUCCACAUUGUUGUUUACAGUUCACCCUGUACACACUGAGGCAGUGGCAGGGCUAGUGGGAAGGGCAGAUAUUUUAUCAUCUGUGCUAUUUUUUGCUGUGUUAUUGUUAUAUUCCAGGAUAAUCCAAAAGAAAGGCUCACUUUUGGUGCUGGUUAUGUUUGUUUUUUUACUUGUUUGUGCUGUGCUUUGUAAAGAAACUGCUAUUACGGUUUUGGGUGUUUGUCCUGUCUAUGACUUGUUUUAUAUGAAGAAGAGGAGAAAACCUUGGUCAAAAAUGCUUAGCAAGGGGUUUCUUAUAAGAAAUAUCUUUUUGGUUAUGAUUGGGGUGGUUAUUAUGUUUUUUAGGUUUAAAAUUAUGAAUUUUGAGGGCCCAAUGUUCACACACAUUGAUAAUCCUGCAGGAUAUUGUCAAAGCUUUUUAACAAAAAUUUUAACAUAUAACUACAUUUAUUUCUUAAACAUUCUUCUGCUGAUAUGGCCACAAUGGUUGUGUUUUGAUUGGUCUAUGGGGUGUAUACCAUUGGUAGAGUCCAUGAGGGAUACCAGAUUUAUUUUUGUGUUCAUUUCCUGGGUAGUUAUUCUGUAUUUUACCCAAAAACUAAUCAAAAUUGCCUAUUAUAAAGAUACAUUGGAUAUAAGGGUUAUGGCUGUAGCUCUUAUGGUGCUACCAUUUUUGCCUGCUUCAAAUUUGUUUUUGAAAGUUGGUUUUGUAAUUGCUGAAAGGGCACUGUUAUUGCCAAGUGCAGGGUUUUGCCUUUUAAUUGUUUUGGGGCUGAAGAAAAUUGAAAAAAUGACAAAUACAAAGACAGCAACAGGGGUGCUGUACUCGGUUCUGUUGAUUUUCGCGUUUCGCACGGUGUUGCGCAACCUAGACUGGCUUUCCGAAGAGCGGCUCUUCAGUUCCGGGCUGGACGUGUGUCCGCUGAACGCCAAAGUUCACUACAACGUCGCGAAAAUCGCAGCCGACAGGCACAACCGCGAUCUUGCGAUCGUCGAGUACCGGAACGCGAUUAAACUGAACCCCGAGUACGAGCAGGCGAUGAACAACUUGGCGAACCUGCUCAGGGAGGACGAAAAGUUCGAGGAGGCCGAGGAGUUGCUGAGACAGGCUGUUAAAGUCAGACCGAAUUUUGCGGCGGCUUGGAUGAACUUGGGCAUAGUACUAACCAACCUAAACCAAAUUGAAGAGGCUGAACAUUGCUACAAAAUGGCGAUAAUGCAUAGAAACAAAUACCCGGAUUGUUACUACAACUUGGGCAACCUGUACCUGGACAUGAACAGGCACAAGGAAGCGUUAAAGUCCUGGGAGAUGGCAGCACUAUACAAACCGACGCAUGUCGCGGCGUGGAGUAACACUCUGGUGCUUCUAGACUCCAUGGAACGUUACGAUGAAGUCCUCGAAAUGGGGCGCACGGCCUUGAUGUACAACCCGAAAGCGCCCACGUUGCACUUCAGCAUUGCUAAUACUCUGGGCAAAAUAAAAGACUUUCCCAAAGCUGAGGGUCACUUUCUUGAAGCAAUCAAUUUCAGUCCGACCAACGCCUUAUACCACUCUAACUUGGGUGUUUUGUACCAUCGUUGGGGCAAAAUAGACAAAGCCCGCGACAUGUACCGCAAAGCUAUGCACCUGGACCCCACUUUGAGAUCGCCGGAACUGAAUUUGAGGAAGCUGUCCCAGGCCAAAUAG